GCAACCAACCUAUCAGCAUUUAAAAAACGUUUCUUUCCACCCCCUACAAAGGGGCACGGUUUACAUGCAUAUUAAAACACUUCUGCAGCUAACUGGAAAAUCGGGUCAAACACAGAAAGUCUGAAUGGAGAGUUGUCAACCGGCGAGGUCAUUUCAGAUUAGAUUUUUUUUUUUUGAGUACACGAGAAACUGAAAACAUUAACAUCUAUUUCUAGGUUUAACUGGGGAUUUCAGGUUGUCUUUAAAGUUACGCUAUUCUUACGCGCGGCACGAAAGCGUCGGUCAAAAUGGACGUGGGCCCAGUUUCCGUAACGUUGGACGUAGGCACUGAUACCCCGGCUGCUUUUCCAGUAGUUUUAAAGAAUAUAAUGGAAAUUCCGCCACCGAAUCUUCUAGAAGGCGACGACGAAAAUGAUAAAGAGAAGCUCUUCGAGGAUGUUGACUCUGAAGGGGUCAGUGGAAUGGGACCAUCAGCUGCCUUAACCCCUGCCAUCUGGGAAAAGACCAUUCCCUAUGAUGGCGAGACCUUCCACCUGGAAUACAUGGAUCUGGAGGAGUUUCUCAUGGAGAAUGGCAUUCCUGUCACAGGAGAUGAGGGUCAGAAAAAGGAUCCAGAGGAAGAAAACUUACAGCUGACAACUGAAAGAUCAUCCACGACAUCUGCAAGCAAGACCGCCGCAGAAAUCUCUCUUAUGCCAGUCAUGGAACUGGAUCAGUGUGAGGAGGAAGUGGUCACAAUUACGGCAUCCAGCUCAAGCUCAACAGACAGCAAAUCAGAUGAGGACCGUGUGACGCCAGAGCCCAUUAAUCCAGACGAUAUUGUGGUAGACAUUAACUUCGAGCCGGAUCACACAGAUCUUGUGCUUUCCAGUAUACCUGGAGGUGAACUGUUCGACCCUCGCAAACAUCGCUUCUCCGAGGAGGAGCUGAAGCCUCAGCCUAUGAUCAAGAAGGCAAAGAAAGUGCUUGUACCUGAGGAACAGAAGGACGAGAAAUACUGGCAUCGGAGGAAGAAGAACAACAUUGCAGCCAAGCGUUCACGAGAAGCCCGGCGGCUAAAAGAGAAUCAGAUCACAGUACGAGCAGCCUUUCUGGAGCGAGAGAACUCUGCUCUGAGGCAGGAAGUGGCAGAGUUGCGCAAGGACUUUGGGCGCUGCAAGAACGUUGUGGCACGCUAUGAAGCCACAUAUGGACCGCUUGCAUCGACUGAAGACAUCUAAACAAUUAUUGAUUUAUUUGCAUUUUUGAAAGGCAAAAAAUUAAUAAUGGUGUGGAAUGAAGAGGAGGAAACUGGAGAAAAGUGAAUAUGUGAUUAAAACUGUACAGUUAAGUGAUGGUCUUAAAUCUUUAUCAGUCACUCAUAUCAGCAUAUCCCUUUCAGUGCAAUCUUACUUCAUUGCAAAAGCACUGAAAGAGCAACAGCUUUUAAAAGUUUGUUUUGUUGUUGUAAUGCACCGGUGUAGAAGAGGCCUUUCCUUACCUGUUCUUGUUUUAUUACAAGUUUUAUAAUAUCCAAAUAGUUUUAGAGUGUGAAAUAAUGUGCAUUGGAAGUCUCUGGUCUUUAUUCAUAAAGAAUCACUGGCAUUGACUUCAAUUUACUUUCUUAUGUAUCUUCAGUUUGUAUAUCUUCGAAUUCUUUGAAAAAUUACAUCAAUUCAAAAAAUUUCCUUUGGCAAAUUUGGUACAGGGUACCAAGUGGUGCAUUUUG